GGAUGCCAGCCUCAUCCUGGAAGCCGUGAAGCGCAACCAGUUCCUGCGCUGCCUGGGCGAAGGACAGGACCAACCGCUGGUGGAGAGCUUCACCCCACAAGAGUUCCUCCCGGGGCAGAACGUGGUGGCUGAGGGGGACGACGGCAGCGCCAUGUACAUCGUGGCCGAGGGAGAGCUGCGGGUGACGCAGAAGGGGCGCCAGCUGCGCACGCUGCUCCCGGGGGACGUCUUCGGGGAGCUGGCCGUCCUGUACAACUGCCGGCGCACGGCCACCGUCACAGCCGAAGAGAAGUCUGCAAAACACCAGGCGUUUGAUUGUUGCAAGGUGUUCCUUGUUCCUUGA